CCAGGAAGAAACGCGAUGGCGGCGCCGCUCGCCGCCGCCGCCGCCGCCGCGGUCCGCCUCAGCCAGCGCCACCGCCUCCUCCUCCGCCGCCGCCGCCGCUGCAGCUCCGCGCCCAUGGUUCCUGCUCCCGCUCCUCCCGCCGCCGCUUCUCGACGCCUCUCCGCACCGGCCCCGCCCCCUCGCCGCCUUGCUCGCUCCGGCUCCGGCUCCGUCCGUCCGCUCGCCGCGAAGGUCGUGUCCGAGGCGCAGGCGGAUUUAGAGUCUGGUGCGAUGACAGUAAGCAAGAGCCGCAUUUACCAUGAGACAUAUGGGUGCCAAAUGAAUGUGAAUGACAUGGAGAUUGUGCUUUCUAUCAUGAAAAAUGAAGGGUAUGAUGAAAUUGUCCCUGACCCCGAGAGUGCAGAGAUAAUAUUUAUCAACACUUGCGCAAUCCGUGAUAACGCAGAGCAGAAAGUCUGGCAGCGACUGAACUACUUUUGGUUCCUGAAAAGGCAAUGGAAAGCUAAUGUUGCUGCAGGGCGGUCAAAAUCUCUGCGGCCUCCAAAGAUUGCUGUCCUUGGAUGCAUGGCAGAGCGAUUGAAGGAGAAAAUUCUUGAUUCUGAUAAGAUGGUUGAUGUUGUCUGUGGACCAGAUGCAUAUAGAGACUUGCCUAGGUUGCUUCAGGAAGUUGAUUAUGGGCAGAAGGGUAUCAACACACUUCUCUCACUUGAGGAGACGUAUGCUGACAUUACCCCUGUUAGGAUUUCUGACAAUUCAGUGACUGCAUUUGUAUCAAUUAUGAGGGGUUGCAACAAUAUGUGCUCCUUUUGCAUCGUUCCUUUCACUAGAGGUAGGGAAAGGUCUCGCCCGGUGACCUCAAUUGUCCGAGAAGUUGGGGAGCUUUGGAAAUCAGGUGUGAAGGAAGUAAUGCUUCUUGGCCAGAAUGUAAACAGUUAUAACGACACUUCUGAAGUUGAGGAAUUAGAGCCUGGUAAAAACUGGCAGCUCAGUGAAGGGUUUUCUAGCAUGUCCAAAGUGAAGAAUAUGGGGUUGCGUUUUGCCGAUCUCUUGGAUCAGCUAUCUUUGGAAUACCCUGAGAUGCGGUUCAGGUUUACCUCUCCGCAUCCAAAGGAUUACCCGGACGAGCUUCUAUAUUUAAUGCGGGAUAGGCACAAUGUUUGCAAACUUAUUCACAUGCCAGCACAAACAGGCAGCACAGCAGUUCUGGAACGUAUGCGUCGGGGUUAUACUAGAGAGGCAUACUUGGAGCUUGUUCAGAAAAUCCGUAGUAUCAUUCCAGAUGUUGGGUUAAGUAGUGAUUUCAUAACUGGUUUUUGUGGAGAGACAGAAGAGGAACAUGCUGAGACUCUUAGCCUUGUAAGGGCCGUUGGAUAUGAUAUGGCCUACAUGUUUGCAUAUAGCAUGAGGGAAAAGACUCAUGCUCAUCGGAAUUAUGUGGAUGAUGUCCCUGAUGAUGUCAAGCAGAAGAGACUUGCAGAACUAAUCAGCACCUUCCGUGAAACUACGGCAAAGAUUUAUGAUUCUCAAGUUGGUACAGUGCAACUAGUUCUGGUUGAGGGACUGAACAAGCGGGCUCCUGAAACAGAGAUGAUCGGGAAAACCGAUAGGGGGCAUAGGGUUUCGUUUGCAAGCGUCCCUGUACCGCAUACAUUUGAAGGUGAUGAAGUAUGUAAGCCAGUGGUCGGUGACUUCAUUGAGGUGAAGAUUACCAAGUCAUCGACAGCAUCCCUGUUUGGGGAUGUAAUCGCUCGCACAAGCUUGAGCAGGUUCUACAAGAAUCAUUCAUCUGAAGCACAUGCUGUUGCUGCUUAAGGACUACUUGAGCUUGUAGCAGGCCACAUCUCAAGCAUGAUAUCUACCUUGAAACGACUGAUAAGUUAGAUCAUACAGUGCAAUUUAACUGGGUUUGGAUUUUUUUUCCCGAAGAAAAAAGAAUUGGUGACUCAGUUUUGAGAAGACAACUAACGGUUAGCUGCUUUUGGCAGCUGAAGCCAAAACAAUCAUCUGCAUUAGUUCUGCUAGUCGUAUGAAGUAUACCUUUUAUGAGGUCUGUAUUGUCAUGUAAAGGUUAAGCACUACUGGCAAACAAUUUUUGCAUGCUACUGCAACUCGGCAGCGUGAGGUUUAAAUUUAUUUAUUUAUUCUCUUUGGCGAUGAAUGUUGUCCUUGUAAAAUGGUAGAACAUUCAUUAUAUCUUCUCAAUGGGCAUCAUAGGAUUGUCUGUUCAAUCCUCAGGUUGUCCUUGCUCCCUAUUUUUCUUGCCGCCGUAGUUUGGGGUGUUUAGAUGUGGCUAAAUUUUUUUAAGCCCAUGUCACAU